ACUGAGUCACGGCCAGAUCCGCCGCCGCCCAGGAGCAGGAGCUGUGGGGGCUGGUAUAAAUCCUUAACAUGGGGCCAGCCACCCUCCCAGCGCCAAGCACCCAGGAAUGGCCUCUUCCUGGGCCACGCGGCUGCUGCUCCUCGCAGCCUGGAGCCUGGGCUGUGGUGAGGCCUUCAGGUGCUACUCCUGCGAGCGGCCCACGCCCAUUUACGCAUGCAAAAACAUUACCUACUGCAAGCUGGAGGACACGGCCUGCAAGACCACACUGGAGAAGGUGGAGAACGAGUACCCCUUCGACCAGAGCCCCAUGGUGACCCGCUCCUGCUCCGACUCCUGCCUAGCCACUGACCCCGACAGCAUUGGGGCUGCCCACCCCGUCUUCUGCUGCUUCCGCGACCUCUGCAACUCAGCGGAGGCAGCCCAGCUGGGUGCUGGGACUCUGGCCACACUGGGAGCAGUGCUCCUCGGGCACCUCCUCUCCUGACAGGGCCUAGCACUGCUGGUGGCCACCUCUGCCUACACGUCUCCGUGAGCCAGGCCACUCACUCUGUCCCCAAAACAUGUAGAAAAUAAAUAAGCCAAGGGUGGAGAUGAGUUUUGUCCUUCCUGGGCACUGAGAGCCCACAGAGGGGUCUUUAGGAGAGCUGAGCCCGCUUGGCCUGCUCCAGGCUCCCGACCCUCUUUUUUACCCA